AAAAAAAUCUGAAAAAUACACAGAGUUAAAUAUCUAUUGCAAGAAAUGGAGCUUUGGAAAAUCCAGUACUGUAAUUCUGUUUUACUAGUAAUAUUUAUUGGUUUUGCGAGUGCUCAAGUUACAAUUCCGUCUAAACAAGACGGGUUUUGGUACCAGAACAGAAUUGCGAAAGAAGAGUCUAUAUUAAUUGAGGCUUUCUUUGAUCCGGUGUGCCCUGACAGUCGAGAUUCAUGGCCACCUCUCAAGCUAGCUCUCCAACACUACGGUUCUCGUAUCUCUCUCGUUGUUCAUCCGUUCCCUUUACCGUAUCAUGACAAUGCAUUUAUUUCAUCGCGAGCUUUGCACAUUAUUAAUAAGUUGAAUACUUCUGCUACAUACAAAUUACUAGAAUCUUUCUUUGAUCAACAGGACAAAUUUUAUGGCAAAGCAACUUUCAACUUGUCCAAAGCAUCUGUUGUAGAUGAAAUUGUAAAAUUUACAUCCAAUGCAAUUGGGAAUUCGAAUUAUGCUGCUGUAAAGGCUGGAUUUACUGACCCCAAAACUGAUCAAGCAACAAGAAUUUCCUUCAAGUAUGGUUGUGUGAAAGGCGUAUAUGGAACGCCUUUUUUCUUCGUAAACGGGUUUCCUCUGCCUGAUGCUGGGUCACCAAUGGACUACAAAGCAUGGAGAAAAAUAAUGGAUCCAUUGUUUGCACCAGCAGGACAAUUGAAGAACUGAAAGUUUGCAUUUUUCGUUACGAUACACCCUUGUGGCCCAGCACAGAGCGGAAGCUUAGUUCAUCGGUCUCUCCUUUUUUUAAUCAUCGACCUUUUAAGUACCUAGUUGCAUUUGUACUCUCAUUCACCUGAAGACUGAGCUAGAGAGACAAAUUUUCAUCUCUUAUGUUUACAGAUAUAAUGAAAAUAAUUUAUUGCUUCUA